UUUGGUCCGGAUUUACACUCGCUUAAAAAACAACAACAGAGCAGUUCAUACAGGAAUAAGCAACAGCGCACCUCAAAACUCCGAGCUGUCGCCAUUUACCUGUAACUUUUUCAGGGAUAUCGGUUUUUAUUCAACUUGAGUCCAUCUGUGUCGUUAUAUGUAAGUGUUACGGGAGAAUCCAAUCGUUCUUUAGUGAAGAACGCGAAUAUCCGGGAGUGUAACAUUAGCAUCCGCGGCUAUCUGACCCAACGCAUCAAAUCUGACAACCAGAAGCCUAUUUCUCGGAUAUAAUCGCCGAGGCCGCGGAGCUGCGCUGAUAGCUUCUCACUCACGAGUCGGCAAAGGGGAAAUUGAACAGUCAUUUCAGGUCCUGGACUUUCUAUGGACCACUAACUCUCCCCUCGACAGCUAUACCCCAUACACGGACUCAUAUUGUUUGAGGAAUUUAUAUUUUUCUUAUCGUCGGAGGAUUUUCCUCCUCCGUGUCUCCAGCAGCUGCCGCCGACUAACGCUAUCUGCUUCCGGCGAGCUGGCGACGCCGCUCAUCACAGGACACACACAACUCUCUGCCUCCUGCCCUUGAGGUGUGAGUCAGCCAGUUUUAUUUUCCUGUGGCCGUUCAGGACAGCACUGUCAGUUUUCAGUCAGUGAUGUCAGAAGAAGGAAAGCAGAGCACCGCACCUGCCCCUCCAUCCACUAUGGACACGAAGUCUGAGUCCACAGCCUCGCCACCAACCGGCCAGGGGGUUUCAUCUGUGUCUCCUCCGGUGUCCACCGUAACACAGCCGGCGCCGCCUGCAACUGAGGAUGAGGAGGAGGAGAGCGAAGAUGAAUCUGAGAUUCUGGAGGAAAGUCCCUGUGGACGUUGGCAGAAACGGAGAGAAGAGGUUAACCAGCGCAACGUCCCAGGUAUCGACAAUGCUUAUCUUGCCAUGGACACGGAGGAAGGUGUGGAGGUGGUGUGGAAUGAGGUCAUGUUUUCUGAACGAAAGAACUUCAAACUCCAAGAGGAAAAAGUGAAAGCGGUGUUUGAUAACCUCAUCCAGCUGGAACAUUUAAAUAUUGUAAAGUUUCACAAGUACUGGGCAGAUGUGAAGGAGAACAGAGCCAGGGUUAUUUUCAUCACAGAGUACAUGUCUUCUGGAAGCCUGAAGCAGUUUCUAAAGAAGACAAAGAAGAAUCACAAGACCAUGAAUGAAAAGGCAUGGAAACGCUGGUGCACUCAGAUAUUAUCUGCCUUAAGCUAUCUGCAUUCAUGUGAACCUGCCAUUAUCCACGGGAACCUGACCUGUGACACCAUUUUCAUACAGCACAAUGGACUCAUUAAAAUCGGCUCAGGUGGGCUAAAUUACAUUGAGUGUGACUUUUUAAAUGUUACACAUUUUAUUAUUUUUGCUGAUGUUUCUAUGUUUUGUUUUUCUGUAGUGGCCCCAGAUACCAUUAAUAACCAUGUAAAAACAUAUCGGGAGGAACAGAAGAGUUUGCACUUCUUUGCUCCAGAGUAUGGAGCUGUUGCCAGUGUCACUACAGCUGUGGACAUCUAUUCCUUUGGAAUGUGCGCCUUAGAGAUGGCUGUGCUUGAAAUCCAAAGUAACGGAGAGUCCUCAUAUGUGUCACAAGAAGCCAUUAAUAGUGCCAUCCAGUCUCUGGAGGACCCACUGCAGAGAGAGUUUAUUCAGAAGUGUCUAGAGGUGGACCCCAUUAAGAGGCCCACAGCCAGAGAGCUGCUUUUCCAUCAAGCUCUGUUUGAAGUGCCUCUUUUGAAACUAUUGGCUGCACACUGUAUCGUCAGUCACCAGCACAUGAUCCCUGAAAACGCAUUAGAGGAAAUUACCAAGAAUAUGGACCCCAACCAGGUCAUAUUGGAAAGGAAAGAGGUCCAACUAAAACUUUCACAGUUUCCUGCUUUGGAGCUUGACAAGUUUCUUGAAGAUGUGAGGAAUGGGAUCUAUCCAAUGACUGCCUUCGGCAUGCCCUGCCCACAGCAGCCUCAGCAAGAGGCUGUCAAGUCCCCCAUCGUGCCACCCUCUGUCAAAACACCUACGCCUGAGCCUGCAGAGCUGGAGACCAGGAAGGUUGUACAAAUGCAGUGCAACAUUGAGCCUGUGGAGGAAGGAGCAAAACAUCAUCUGACCUUACUGCUAAAACUGGAAGAUAAACUGAACCGACACUUGAGUUGUGAUUUGGCACCAAAUGAGAAUGUACACGAGUUGGCCGUGGAACUGGUCCAGCUUGGCUUCAUUAGUGAGGGGGAUCAGCCACGUCUCACUACUGUGCUGGAAGAGGCGUUCUCUAGAUUCUACAGCCGGAACGGCUCGCUGAAUCCUGUGACCGUUUCCUCGUAGCAGAGGGGCCAGUCUGCCUGCUCCUCUCCACCAUCCUUCAGCUUCACGCACGGGACGGGACUCUAGCGCUUCAUCACUUGUGCGUGCUUUGUUAGGAGGGAUCAGAACGCCUCGAACUGAACCUCCGAAAGAAAAGCACCCCUGCGCUCUGUUCUUCACACCGCUUUUUUUUUAAGGUGGUGGAAAGUGUUGGCUGAUGGUUCCUGUGUACAUUUAUUCUGUCAGUGUAGCAGUCUGCUUCUCUGUUUUAAAAGAAGGAAAAAAUGACUCGUUAUUAUUUAAAUCAGUAUUACGAGCUGUAUUUUGAGGCGUUUGCUUACAGUAUGUGUGGGAUCAGUUACUUCUGGUUUGCACUUUAGCAAAUUCUUGUCUUUUUAGGGACAUCACAUGCAUAUUUCAUGAUCUUUUAUUCACCCUUUCAAUCAUUCAUUUAUUCUUUUUUUAUUAUUGUAAGAGGAAUGCAUUAAUGUGUUCUUUAGAAAUAACCAAAUAACAUUGUCUUUGUAUUUUUUAAGGCGCACAUUAACUGUGUUUAACUUUGGUCUGCAAUGCAAGAUCUACGACAACUGUGAAAGCAAAGGGGUUCUCCAAGCAUUGAAAAAAAGCAAACAGAUUAUUUAUCUAUAUGCAUAUGGUCUGUUUUGAAGCGUGUUUCACUUUCAUCAUCAUGGCUGUUUUUUUUUAUUGUAUUUUUUAGUACCUGUGAAUGUAUUCUGUAAGUUUUCAUUUUAAUGGCUUCUAAGAGAAGGGCACUUGAUUUGACUGUUUUCCCUGUAUUUGAUACAGAUAUGAGUUUCAGUGUAAAGAAAUGUUCGCCAGUGCACCUGAUGUAUUAAAAUGUGCCUUCAGCAGACACAAUCCAUGUUCAGAAGACCCGUAGACUGACAAACACAUUGUAUGAUUCCUUUUUUUUAUUGUGCAGAUCCUGUAGUGGUGUUUUCCUUCUCAGCUGGUCUGCAUGAUAAUAUACUGUUACAAUUUUUUGGUAUAUUUACAGUAUAUUAAAACUCCUAGGGUUGCUGGUGGUGCGUUUGUUGGGCAGCAUAAUUUGGGGCGAGUUUGCACUGAUUUGUUUUAUGUUGAUGGCAAUAAAUUUCAUAUUCACCUUGAUGGUACAUCAACAUCAUGUUGGCUAGUUUGAAAUUAUGCAUGAAAUGUGGUUUUAACAACUGAAAUGUGCAAUUUGACGGGAAUGUAAAUGAUUUCAGAUAAACUAAAAUGCACUCAAUAUUGUGUUUUUUUUUUCAGUGCAGAGCAGUAGUAACAAAUUGAAACAAUGUUAAAUGGAUGAUUAAUUCUGUGAUCAUUUUGAAAGAAGCAACAGACUUGUAUCAAGCGCUCUCUCAGUUUGGUCUGUUUAACAGGCUGAAAAUAUGGCUCAGAAUCAUUUUGAGGUGUCUAUUUUAUCUCAUGCAAAACAUUCAGAAACCCAUAACUGCUUUUACUCUGUUGACCCUCUAGCUUUUAAAAUUCACACCAUUUAUUGAUAUAAAGAAGAGAUACGGAGUUUUUUCAUUCUUUGUUUCAUUUCAUCUCCUAAGGACAAUAUUAAAAGAAACCGUUCACCUAAAAA